AUGGUAGGCGCCAAUGGCAUUGUGAAAGGUGACCGCCUGCCCAACAAUGAACGCUUGGCCAACGGAACACGCUGUCUCGUCCACUGCAAGAUGGGCAUUAGUCGAUCCGGUGCCACGGUUGUCGCUUACGUGAUGAAGGAGAAAGGCUGGGACCUGAAGAAGUCGUUGGAUUACGUGCGCAGCAAGCGACCCUGUGUCAACCCCAAUCCCAACUUCCUUCGGCAGCUGGAGACCUAUCAGGGCAUCCUAGAAGCAAGGUUGGUGUGA